AUGGCAAUUGAGAUUGAAAAACCUGCUGUGGGUUUGUCAAAAGUUGCAGUUUCAGAUACACAUGGAGAAUAUUCACCAUAUUUUGCAGGGUGGAAGGCAUAUGAUGAAAACCCUUAUGAUGAAUUAUGGAAUUCUUCUGGAGUUAUUCAGAUGGGACUUGCAGAAAAUCAAGUUUCAUUUGAUUUGCUGGAACAGUACUUGGAAAAACAUUCAGAAGCAACAAACUGGGGAAAUAGAACUUCUGGCUUUAGAGAUAACGCUUUAUUUCAAGAUUAUCAUGGACUUCAAUCUUUCAGAAAGGCAAUGGCAAGCUUUAUGGAACAAAUAAGAGGAGGAAGAGCAAAAUUCAAUCCUGAUAGAAUUGUUAUAACAGCCGGCGCAACCGCAGCUAAUGAGCUAUUGACUUUCAUUCUAGCUGAUCCUGGAGAUGCCUUGCUUAUUCCUACUCCAUACUACCCAGGGUUUGACAGAGACUUAAGGUGGAGAACAGGUGUUAAGAUAGUUCCAGUUCAUUGUGAUAGUUCAAAUAAUUUUGAGAUCACUCCUCAAGCUUUAGAUGCAGCAUAUAAUGAAGCUGAAUCGCAUAACAUCAAAGUUAAAGGAGUUCUCAUAACGAACCCAUCGAAUCCACUGGGAGCAACCAUUAAACGAUCCACCCUCGAAGAGAUUCUUGAAUUCGUUACACGUAAAAACAUUCAUCUUGUUUCGGAUGAAAUCUAUUCGGGAUCAACAUUUUCUGGUGAAGAAUUUGUAAGCGUUGCAGAAGUCCUUGAAGCCCGGGAUUACAAAGAAUCCGAUAGAGUUCACAUUGUUUAUAGCCUAUCGAAAGAUUUAGGCCUUCCGGGGUUUAGGGUUGGGACCAUAUAUUCAUACAAUGAUAAAGUCGUUACAACUGCAAGAAGAAUGUCAAGUUUCACUUUGAUAUCUUCUCAAACACAGCAGCUUUUGGCUUCAAUGCUUUCCGACAGAACAUUUACAGAAAAUUACAUAAAGACGAAUCGUGAAAGACUCAAGAAAAGGCACCAAAUGAUUAUUGAUGGAUUGAAAAAUUCCGGGAUCGAGUGUUUGAAGGGAAAUGCAGGAUUAUUUUGCUGGAUGAAUUUAAGUCCAUUACUGGAGGAGCCUACAAAGGAAAGUGAAUUAACUUUAUGGAAAUCAAUGCUGCAUGAAGUGAAGUUAAAUAUAUCUCCAGGAUCUUCUUGCCAUUGUUCCGACCCUGGCUGGUUUCGAGUUUGCUUCGCGAAUAUGAGUGAGCAGACACUACAAGUUGCACUCACAAGAAUACAUAAUUUCAUGGACAGAAGAAAAGCUAUGAAGUCAUCACCAGAUUUCUCUUCAUAUUGA